AUGAAGCCUGUGCACAAUGCUCAUGAAUCUUUUGAUAUAAUUGGAGAUGAACUGAGACAAGGAGUAAACAAUUCAAGUGAUCUAACGCCGAUUGAAAUUGCAGAUAUACAAUUAGAGACUGGAAUCAGCCAAGAAUCAACAGCAAUCCCGAAAAAAACUCUGGUUGCGUCGAUUCUGCUUUUUAUAAUUGGAAGCAUCUUGAUUGUGGUAGGGUGCGUUGAAGAAUAUGUGCUCUAUGAUAAAAGUCAAGGCUUGGCUAUGCUUGUGGUUGGGUCAAUCACUUUUAUCCCAGGAAUGUAUUAUUCUUAUCUGUUUUACAAAGUAUAUAAAGCAAAAACAUUGGUAGAAAGGAUGAGAAUCCUUAGAGAAAUUCCAGAUAUGAGUUAA